AUGAAAAACAAGAAACCCUACAAACCAAGGUCUUAUCUCAUCAGCUGGAAUGUUGGAUUGGCUGUUUUCAGUAUGAUGGGCACGAUCAGGAUGGCAUCUGAAUUCUUUUUUGUGCUUUCGACCAGAGAUUUCAAGGAUUCAGUGUGUUUGGCGAUAAAUCCCACUGAUAUCUCGGCCCUCUGGGCUUGUUUAUUUGUCGUUUCCAAAGUAUUCGAAUUGGUUGACACUCUAUUUUUGAUCUUGAAGAAGAAGCCGGUCAUCUUUCUGCACUGGUAUCACCAUGCGAUCGUUUUGGUGUACUGUUGGCAUUCAGGUAAAUCAAUGUGAAAUAAUUUAAUUGUUUUUAGCAAUCAUGUUAACGGCCGCUUCUCGAUGGUUCAUCAUGAUGAAUUACGCAGUUCAUUCUGUCAUGUACACUUACUACGGUCUCACUGCUUAUGGUCUUCGUUUCCCAAAACUCAUUUCAAUGUCGAUUACAACUCUCCAAACGGUCCAAAUGAUUGUCGGCGUAUAUAUUUCAUGUUAUGUAGCGCUAGUCAAGUGGUAUUACCACGAUGUCUGUCAUCAGUCCGAUAGUAAUUUAUUAUUUUGCUUCGGUAUUUAUCUCUCAUUCGCGGUGUUGUUCAUGAAUUUCUUUAUCAAAAGCUAUUUAUCAAAGGGAGCUCUGAAGAAGAAGGACACAUAA